AUGGGUACCAGUUUCAGAGAUAAACUUAUCCUCCUCUCGGGAUCUACCGGGGCUCGAACAUCUUCUCUACAGACUGUGCUUGCAGAAAGUCACGGUAAUAAAGUCGCCCUGCUUAACCUGGACAAGCCAAUACCCGAUGGAAGCUCAGUCUAUCAGAUGGAUUCCGCGAUCGAGGCCUUGAAUGGCAGAGUUGAUCACUUCAUUAUCGACACCAGGAGUCAAGCCCAAGCUACCCAGGACCCAAUUUGGGAGGUACCUUUAUCUCAAUGGGAUGAAGACGAUACAUUGUACAAUGCCCGGCAAAGCUUGCUCAGUCAAGUCAAAUCAUUCCUUCAAUACCAAAUUCAGAACGCAUCCAAGGCACAAAGCAGUACCUUGGCCAACCCGUUCACAAUUCAGAUUAUUGGGUACGAGAGUGACUUCGGCAAACCAGUGAAUUCGAUCAUUUCGAAGCUGAAACAUGAUGUAUUGCGGCUUCACCAGGAAGCGUCUGUCAAUUUCUUGAAUCUGGAACCAGAGUCUAGCGAGCCCUCUGCGUCUAGGAUUGUUGAGCUUCUGUGCGGAACAUCUCCUCUUCAAGGGUCCGAUCUCGUCCUAUCAAGUCGCUUGCCUCCGAGCAUCAGCGCAAAGAAACCUAGAGUCAAAAUUGCUCUAUCGUUUGAUUUCGAUGCGCUGUCUGCAUUUAUCGGCACAGGAGAUCACCCAGAUAACAACCUCGCAGACUAUAGCACUGGAGUCUUCUCCGGCCGAGUGGGUGGCCGCCGAUUGCUGCACAUGCUGAAGAAGCACCAGAUAGCCGACAAGGUCACUUGGUUCAUUCCAGGUCAUACCAUCCAGACUUUUGAGUCCACCGUAAAAGAGAUCGUUGCCUCGGGCGCUGAAAUUGGCCUUCACGGCUAUGCCCACGAGGGGGCCUACCAGAUGACGCCAGCCCAAGAGCGCGAUGUUCUGGUCAAGUGUAUGGAAGUAGCCCAGCGUCUGACCGGGAAACGGGUACGAGGUUACCGCGCGCCGAUGUACGCGCUUCGCGAGACGACGAUCGAGCUCCUCAGGGAGUUUGAAUUCUUGUAUGAUUCCUCUCUGAGUCAUCACGAUUCCCAGCCUUACUUCACGCCGAGCGACCCUCCAUUCCAACGGAUCGACUACUCUCAGCCGGCAAGCACCUGGAUGGAGCCGGCACACGUUGCCGAAAUGGAUGCGCGGCCUGCUGGACACCCCUUCCAGGGCUUUGUAGAUGUACGGGUAGUUGAGCAGCGGUGGAAGGACAUCUUUAUGUAUCUGUGGGAGAACUCUAGUGUCGAUAAGGAGGACGGCACUUUCAUUUUCCCCUUGUUGAUGCAUCCUGACACCAGCGGCAUGGCCCAUGUCAUGGGCAUGGUUGAUCGCUUCGUCGGCUGGCUUCGAGGCUGGGGCGACUCGGUUGAGUUCCACACCUUUUCGAGCAUUGCUCAAGGAUACCUGGAUGAACAAGAGAAGAAGUAG